UCUUCUGUUUCUUGCCCAGCAGACUGAGCUCCAGGUUGAUGUGGUUGAACUCCCUGACGAGUUUGCCACGGGGCCCCUUGACUGUCACUGUCCGCCCCUUCAACCUCACCUCGACUGCAAAAAUACACAGAAAAAAGCACCUGAACGCAGCAGGAGACCAAAGCAGCCGCUCACCGAGGUUUGUUGCCAAUGACAGCCGCUGUUAGCUAAAGUCAUGGCGCUGCUCAAACAAAGCUGUUGUGUGGCUGGCCGCUUCUCCACAAAACACCUAUGGCUGAGUCCCAGAUGUGUCCCACAUGGGUACACCAGCAGUCUGACAACAGUGGCGAAGUCCUCCCCGGAGCGGACCGAAAGGAAGAAGGAGCUGCUGAGUGACGACGGGCCUGACCUGCAGGACUUCAUUUCAGGGGACUUAUCUGAGAAAAGCAAGUGGGCAGAGUACAGAGGCGCCCUGAAGAGAGAGAAGGGAGAGAGGCUGCGGCUUCCUCCAUGGCUGAAGACAGAGAUCCCUAUUGGAAAAAACUACAACCGGCUAAAGAACACACUGAGAGACCUUAACCUGCACACAGUGUGUGAGGAGGCCAGGUGUCCUAACAUCGGGGAGUGCUGGGGGGGAGGAGAGUACGCCACAGCCACAGCCACCAUCAUGCUCAUGGGAGACACGUGUACCCGUGGGUGCAGGUUCUGCUCCAUAAAGACGGCCCGCAAGCCUCCGCCUCUGGACCCAGACGAGCCCUACAAUACAGCCAAGGCCAUCGCUGCCUGGGGGCUGGACUAUGUGGUUCUCACUUCAGUCGACAGAGAUGAUAUUGCCGAUGGAGGGGCGGCGCACUUUGCUAAGACUGUCAAGUACCUGAAGGAAAGGGACUCUCAGAUCCUGGUUGAGUGCCUGACUCCUGAUUUUCGUGGCGACCUGGCAGCAGUAGAACAGAUCGCCCUGUCAGGGUUAGAUGUGUACGCGCACAAUGUGGAGACAGUGCGAGAGCUGCAAAGGUUCGUGCGUGACCCCAGGGCGAACAUUGACCAGACCCUGAGUGUCCUGAAGCACGCUAAAAAGGUCAAACCCACUGUGCUCACCAAGACUUCCAUCAUGCUGGGACUGGGAGAGACUGACCAACAGAUACUCAACACCUUAACUGAGCUGCGAGAGGCAGGAGUCGACUGUCUAACACUGGGCCAGUACAUGCAACCUACCAAACGCCACCUGAAGGUGGAGGAAUACGUCACUCCAGAGAAGUUUGCCUACUGGGAAAAAGUUGGGAAUGAUAUGGGCUUUAUUUACACAGCAAGCGGGCCAUUGGUGCGAUCCUCCUACAAAGCAGGCGAGUUCUUCCUGAAGAAUCUACUGAAGAAGAAAAAAGCAGAAGUCACUAUAGCAGAAUGAAAAGCACCAAACCAGUAGCUUUGAGAGUUUUCCUGUUUAGUCUCACACCUACAUAUAAUUAUACACAUUUACAGUAUCAAAAUCAGCUUUAUUCCUGCCGUACCAUAAUGCAUCAUUGUAAGCUGUAGCACAAGAAACACUUUUAACAUAUAUGUAACAACAUGUGUAAGUCAUAAAAGAAGGCAGGUGGUAUUACAGAACAGAAGGGACAUUGACCAGAUGUGAUCAUGUCAGCACAGGGAUCUGUUCAUUUUCAAUGCACUUGUCCUCUACUGUUAACCUGUGAGAACCCAGAGGCCUAAUGUUUUAGUGAUAGGACAUCAAAGAGAACGAGCAGCCGUUAUCAGCCUGCAGAUGUGAAGAUGAACUGGGUUAAGGCUCAGUCCAGGUUCCCCUGCCCUUAGAAACUACAGCCUGGUGUUAGCAGUAGCUGUAAUUUGCCAUUUAUUCACCUCAGGGGCCCCUAAAUCACGUCCACCGAGAACUCCCUCUCUUCAGGGGCCCCGGACUUCAGCUAGAGAGCUCCUGACCUUUAACAGCAAGCUCAUUUUAUGAGCUCUUUGAUGUCUGCUGCUCCAGGACGGAUUUAAUGAAGCGUUAAAGACGUUUUUUUGGUCUGAGGGUUUUGGCAGCAGCUCCAUGAACCAAUCUAAGGUUUUGAAGACUUGAACACUAUCACACACAUUUUUAUAAAUUCCUAUUAUGUUAGAAGAAGUAUGAUUUAAGCCUAACUUGGUCUUUCAUCAGUUCUAUAUAUAUAUUAAGGUAUAAAAAGUUGAAGUUGAAAAGCUGUUCUUUUUAUCCAUCCAUCCACUUUAUUAAACAGGCCCCAGGACAAGAAAUGUGUUUAUUUUGCACACUGAUCUUUUGGACAAAGAAAAUCUUUAAAAUGUACAUUUAUAUUUAAAAAAUUAAAACAUAUCAGACUA